AUGAACGAAGCGGAAAAAACGCCCCAGUUCUGCGAACUCAAACGUGUCGUUGCGAAUAUAUUUGAUAGAAUUUCUGCGACUAAGAUCUGCCGACUCGAUCCAUUGCGACAGGAGUUCUGUCACCAUUAUGAUAUAGUGACGUCCACUGGCCGCCACCGUAAAGAGCCAAUUAUUUCAACGGACCAUAGUUGGCCUAAUUCUGAUACGGGCGUGCGUUCCAUGCAAUGGUUUGACCCAUCGCAUCCCCGUUCAUCAGCUGGCACUGUUCACAGUACACCACAUAGUCCAUCCACUCACUUCUCAUCCAGUACGAAUUGGAACAGUAGGUCCUCUGCUAAUCCAAGCGGCCAAGUAGAUCUCCAUCCAUGGAACAAGGUGCAUCGUAAAUUCGUAUUCUUCCAACCAUGGUGCCCGGCGCACAAGCUUCCAGCGAGGAUGCAUGGUGGUCCACUCGAGGGUUUUGUGAUCGGUUUCAACACGAAAUCUCUGUCCAACCAG